CGCUCUACUGCUGCUAGUCUUCACUGCUUUUCUGCUAAUCAUCUCACUACACACAUCAAUGGCUUCAGAUUUGAAAGAUGCCCACGUUGUGGAAAUAGCUGUGGAUGGAGAACACCAGCACAAAAUUAUCACAGCUAUGAACGCCAUCACUGCAAUCCACCACCACCCAUUAAUGGAAAUCUCUCAGAGCCCCGGCCACCUCUUGCUUCUCAAGCUCUGGCAGAGAGAAGAGGACCUUUCCGGCCGCCGAAUCGCUCUCAGAGAGACCAGAAUGGACUCCAUUAAGAGAGAGAUAUUUCAAUUGUGUUGUUUCUUUUUCAUGUUUCAUGCGUUUUACUUGAUACUACUGUUUACAUCUUCGGUGGAUUUGGAGGAUCACGCCUGUAGAAAAUGGUGGAUCCCCGUGGUUUUAUUGGUCUCCACUUCGCUUGCUAUAGUGUUUUUGGUUCAGGUGAAACUAUGGAGGUAUUGGAAGGUUUACAGACAGUUGCAGAGAGAAAAGAGCGAUGGUCGCGCUGUUACUAGGUUUAUUCAGGAGUUGAGGAUGAAAGGGGCGAGCUUCGAUCUAUCGAAGGAACCCCAGAACUCCAGGCGGAUGAAGAGCUCCAGCGUGGAAAUCAAAUGGAGGCCUCUUGUUUGGUGUUCUCAGAAUCUGAUAACUAUCUGUCUUGUUUGCUUUACAGGUUUGGUGAUCCCUGCUUGCAAAUUCAUCCUCUGCUCGUAGAGAAUUCGGAGAACCGUUGCGUUGAUCAUCCUUGAGUUCUGGGUGCAGUCUACCUGUUUGUUUGGUUGAUGUGUUGGGCUUUUCCUCAUUUUUGGAUGUGCUCAAGCCACAUUGAACAAGUGAUGAAUCUGAGAGAUGCAAGGGCGUCUCCUACUUUUCUUCUUCUAAGUCCUUCCUAGGGGAUGAAGCAUUUCGGUCCGAUCAAUGGCAAGAUUGCUAGAACCAAGCAGAGAGGGUUCUUUUGGCCAUUCCAAAGUUCCGCCCAAAUGAAUUGAAAGUAAAAAUUUGAUGAGAUUGCAAGCAACCAACCCUGAGAUUGCCUUCCAGAUUGGUCAAGAACAGUGACUGCUGAAUCAAGUGACAUGAUGAACAGUCUUCACAAUGAAACCACAAACAUCCUGCUCAUCACUCAAUGCAAGGGAAUUCAUCACGUAUACAAUUUCAUUUCCCAGGAUUCCUAUUUCCCUAAUAUGAUGUCACUUCUGAAGAUGUUCCUCGGGCAACACAGCUUGUGUGCUCAGGUUUUGUUGUUCAAAAAGUUCAGUUUCCAUUUAUUCAAUCAAUAACACAGUUUUUGUUUA